AUGUCAGACUCAGAAGAAGAGCGUUUAUCAAAGCUUAUUGAAGAAAGCAAGCUAACGAUCAAAGAUGCAACAUCGAGACUUGAGCAAAUCGCGAAAGAGAAAGGAGAGGCUGAGAUCUUGGGAGUGCGCGAGAAAAUAGAAAAUCUUAUGGACGUUGACCUGAAAGAAAGUCGCGAUGAAAUGAAUUCCGCCCACAAGAACCAAGCUGAGUCUUGCAAGAAAAUCGUGGAGUCUCUUGAACAAAUAACAAAAAUCGAAAAGAAGAUCAAACAACGCUGCUCAGAUUAUGCAAGUGAACAUGGAAAAUUCAAACAGCAGAAAAAAGCGGCGAUUGCAGAGGAUGUUCGAAAGUGGAUUGAGCUCAGAAGAAAGCAAGAAAACGAAAUUUUGGAAAUCUGCAAAAUCGAGAUAGUCAAUGCCAAUCAAAAUAAACCGAAUUCUGGAGGUGGACUUUUUGGAUCUUCGAGCCAACGUCAAAAUCAACCGGCGCCUAGAGGAUUUUUUGGACCUUCAAGUCCAGCUGCUUCGAACAACGGUGGUAGCCUGUUUGGAAGUAAUUCAACAACAGCCUCAAACAGUUAUGGGUUUGGAAGUUCUACGUUUGGUAGCAACCAAUCAACUCCAAAACCAUUUUCUUUUGGUGGUGGACAUUCAUCUGGUGGAGGCCUUUUUGGAUAA